AUGGCCCCUGCAGCCUCUCCGGAUGUAUCAAGUUCCCAGUCCGCGAAGGGGAAGGAAGUCGCGGCAGAGCCACCGAGUGCCCAGCCUGCAGAGGGACACGACGAGAGCCCCGAAAACAGCGUCCCCGCGGGCGACGCCCUCCCCGCCCCCGAUGCCGGCACCGCGAGCACCUCGGACCACACCGCAACCCCCGCCCACAUUCCCCCCCAAUCCCCACCCCCGGCCGCGGACGGCGCAGGGCAGGCCCCUUCGCCCUCCCCGCCCCCCGCCGCCGCGCGGCCCUCAGACCUCCUCCCCGUCCCGCCCCAAGCCGACAAGCCCGCCCAGAACGGCGGCACGCGCCGUGAGAAGAGCUCCGUCGAGAGCGAGCAGACCGGCACCCCCACCUUCAAGGGCUCGCCCCGCAAGGACGCGAACGACGCACGCCCCCGCCGCGCAAAGGGCCCCACGCUCCUCUCCAAGCUCUUCCGCGUUCUCGUUCCUUGCGUCGGCCCGUCCUCUCGUGCGCACCCGAUCGACAUGGACGAGAAGCCGGUCGCCGCGCCUGCGCCCCCGCCGGCCCAGGCGAAGGACGGCGUGUCCGCGGCGCUGCAGGAGAAGCAGGCGGAGGAGCUGCCACCAGCACCCAAGGAACCGGCUGGGCCGACGCCGAACGGCCCCCUGGCGUCUACGUCAGACGCGGAGCUCCCACCACCGCUGCAGCCCAUCGAGGUCCCCGAACAACCCAACGACCCGAACGUGCUCGUGCCGCCGACGCCGACGAAGACGCUGCCGCUGGAAGAGACGGAGGGGGUGACGUCGGGUGCGGUUCAGCCACCGGGAUCGAAGGGCGAUGACAGCAUACACAACCAUUCGAGGAGGAGCUCGAGGGUGAUGGACGAGUCGGACGGGUCGACGAGCUUUACGGACGAUGAGGACCUUGACGAGAGCAACACGCCUAUUGACGAGAUUGAGGACGAGGAGGAGAGGCUAAUAUUGGCUGGUGGUGCGGGUAUACCCAUUGGACCGGACGGUGUGCCGAGGCCUCUGCUGCCGCCGUUAUUCCCCAAACACGCGGGCCGAAAAUGCUUGGUUUUGGACUUGGACGAGACCCUCGUUCACAGUAGUUUCAAGUCCAUUCAACAGGCCGACUAUGUCGUUCCCGUUGAAAUUGAAUACCACUGGCAUAACGUGUAUGUCAUCAAACGACCGGGCGUCGACAACUUCUUGAAGAAGAUGGGAGAGAUUUACGAGAUCGUGGUCUUCACGGCCAGUUUAAGCAAGUACGCGGAUCCAGUACUCGACAAACUGGACGUGCAUCGGGUCGUCUCGCACAGGUUGUUCCGGGAGAGCUGUUAUAAUCACCGGGGAAACUACGUCAAGGACCUCUCUCAACUCGGGCGUCCCAUCUCGGACACGAUCAUCAUCGACAACUCUCCUGCCUCGUACAUCUUCCAUCCGAACAACGCCGUCCCGGUCUCGUCGUGGUUCAACGACCCGCAUGAUACGGAGCUGACGGACCUGUGCCCCUUCCUGACGGAUCUGGCGCAGGUGGACGAUGUUCGCGGUGUGCUCGACGGUGGUCUAUGA